AGAGACACCCCCCCCCCAUACCGUAAACAGAACUCUCUCGAUAUUUGCGUUACUUUUCAUAUCGCCUCCUCGCUCCGAUUCUCUCCCCCUCUCUUCCGGCGACACUCCCCCCUAAAAAGUAUAAAAACCCUAGCCGCGAUUUCUCAUCGUCUUACUUUCGAUUUUUGAUUCCAAUCGACUCGUUUAUGGUUGUUUUGCAUGUUUGUUGUUGUUUCCUUUUUUUUUUUUUUGUAGGAAAACUCGAAGCCGUGAUUUCUCUCUCAAUCCAGGUCUUAACCUUCACCACCAUUGCUAACAUUGCUUCGAUUCUCUCUGUAAUCAUUUUCGUCGCGUCAUCGUUCGUAGAGCUUGAUUGUUUGAUUAUGUGUUAAUGUUCGUUACGUAACUAACUAUAUCGUUUUAUUGGCUUAACCGUUUUGGUACUUUGGCCAUGGAUUCUCAAUCUAUCUACUGUAUUAGCUCUCUACAUGGAGGAGCAUUAGUCCUCUAGUGUUAUUGUUUAGUUUUACUGCUAAAGCAUCUUUGUGUCUGCGUGAUUGUUUUGAUUAACAGUGGUAAGCUUGAGAGAGAGUUAGGUGAGCGUUUGAUUUCGUUUGAGUGUUCAAUUGCGUCACACUAACUUUCUUUUCUCUUUGUGGUGUUAGUUUCAAAUGUUUGAUUCUGGUUUUUUUUGUAUUUAUCUACCUACUGUUUUUGCCUCUACAUGACCUUGUGAUUUUUUACUGUGAAUGUAGAAAAAUUAGUCUGUUAUUAUUAUUAUUUUUUAGUUUUUUUUUUUCUGCUACAGCAAUGGCGAAGUAUAGGAGGAGGAAGUUUCUGGAGGAGUCCAACGGUGCUUCUGGAGAGUUCCCUGAGCACGGGGCCAUCUUCAUGUCCAACAGCUCCACCAGAAGGGAAUGCCUUAGAAGAGAGCUUUUCGGUUUGCCGAUGGGUCAAGCCGGGUUUGUGAAACAGGUCAAAGCUGGGAUGUUUUUGUUUUUGUUUGAGUUCGAGAGUAGGGAGCUGCAUGGUGUGUUUCAGGCUUGUUCUGAUGGUGCGAUCAACAUUGAGCCUGGUGCUUUCUGCUCUACUGGGAAACAGUUUCCUGCUCAGGUUAAGUUUGCUGAAAAGUGGCGUUGUAGGCCACUUGGUGAGAUGGAGUUCCGUCAUGCGAUUAGUGAUAAUUACUUUACGGCGAAAAAGUUUAACUUUGGACUCUCAAAGUCACAGGUUCAAAGGCUAUUGAAGUUGUUUAGCUUGAAGAAGUUAGAGAGAUCAUUGUCCACUAGAAAACUAGAAAGUAGGUUGGGAAAUGCAGAUGGUGGUCGCGGCUUUAGGGAUCGUCGUGCAGAAGAAACUGAGGGGGAUGUUGACCGUAAGCUUCCCUUCAGAGUUACAUCUGCAGGAGAUGCUCGUGGUCGUAGGUUAUCAAAAAACUAUGGGUUUAGGGAUGAAUCUGAUAGUCGCGUCAAAAAAGAAGAGAGUGACUACUCCCGAGAUGCGUCUGGGGUUUUUAGGAGGCUCGGUGAUCCCAAAUCGCGUGGGUUCGAGGAUAGAAAUGACCCUAGCAUGAAAAAUAGCUCUAGGGCAGAUGAUGACUCUGAUUAUUCGCUAGCUAAUGGUCGAAGAGUCCCAAAGAACUUGAGUCACCCCGCAAGUGGCUGGCCUGAAAACGAGUACCAUGAAAGAGAUGGCUUCACACAUGAGUGUAACCACGAGGAACACCCUACUUUUGAAGAAGAUUCAGCGGUUCCUGCUCAAAGCUCAGUACCUCCUGAAUCAGCCUAUGGAACAAACACAGAACACUAUGACCCUUGUAAUCCUGGGAUCAUGGGAGGUGCAGCGAUGGAAAGCUCUAGGCAUGAUAUUGAUGAAGAACCGGACUACUACAUUCCCAUGCCUACUGAACAUCCUCAAUACCAAACUAGCACUGGCAUAGCUGGAGCAUCUUGUUCUGAAUAUGAAUCUAGAUAUGGUCAUCUUGGUCAUUCUCAGCUUCCUCGUUUUCUAGCUUCUGAAGAUGGCACGGAGAACAUGAUGAUGAACUCCGAGAGGCCGUCUUACCCCAGCCACAGCAUCUACCCUUCCUUUGCUUAUCCUUUGUCGACGGAUUUGUCUCCUAACGACGGAGUUAACUAUAAAGUUUUAGCAUAUCAACACCAGGAAGAACUUGGAGGUCAUGCUUCUUAUUCGGACGAUAGGGCGGCAAGGGAUCCCAGGAUUUACCCUUCUUUUGCUUAUCCUUCAGAGCCAGGGGAUGGAGUUGAUUUGUAUCAAGAGAACAGAGCUCAGAACAAAGUUCAAGAUCAUCAACAACAUGAAGAGUUUGGCAGUGAGGCUUUUGACUCUGACAAUAGGGUGAAUCGAAUGAAAGAUGGUGUUAGUCCUGCUGAACCUGAAAGAAAGAGAGCCAGAAAAAGUGUCUUUAGUAGGCUUGUUAUACCUCCGAAAGAACCUGAUGCUGAAAAGGAUUCUUCUCCGGUCGCUGAACCAGUCAAUGAGGUAAUGGCGUUUCUAAACGAAUGUCAAAAACAUCUGAUGGAGCAAAAAAGACCAGAUACAGCUGAUCCUGUAAGGUUUGUUAAACCCAAGAAGAAAAAGGAAAAGAAUCAUUCAAAAGAGGCACUUGACAAUGGUGCGAUGAUUCCUUUUACCGGGACUAGUCCUGAUGAUAUGUCUGAUUGUGAAGAAGGGGUGGAACAUAAGCAACCAUUCAUCGACUUUAAGCGUCGUAGCCAAGCCGAAAAGAGCAAUCCAACUCAAGAGUGUAAAGAGAGCCUCGAAGAUUCACUUCCUCAGGACAAGAAAAGGAAGCUACUGAGGCCAAGACUAGUCGAAGAUGACUCGGAAAAGGAUAGAGGAAACAAUGAUAAUCCUAUUGAAACUGACACGGCCCCAAAGCCAGCUAGUGAAGUCCCCCUCCUUGAUCUCCUUGCACGGUUUGGUCAAUAACCAUUCAAACUGAGAUGGAAACACUAAAGGACAGAACAAGGCCUCUAGGAGAGGAUAUGUAUCUACAAUUGAACGUGGGCAUUGAUCCUUAGCAGUUGUGUCUUUUAGUUUCUUCCUAAGAUGAAGGUGGUAAAUCUUUUUUUUCUUCUGUAUCUUCGUAAACAUUGUUCAGUAGAUAGAACAAUGCUUACAUGCUUUGGCAAAAGAGCAGUUUCAAGUUAGGAUUGCGUUGGUUUUUUUUUGGAGAGUACGUGCUUUAUGUAAAUGACAUUGCAUAAAUCAAUUGGUCAAGAGUUAUCUCAA